AGCAGUUCCUACUUUAAAAACUGAAGCUGCUGUUUAUUGGCUUCAAACUGAUUUGAUCGCCAGCACAAUGACUGCAGAAAUGUCUGAUAUUGGAGGAUCGACCAUAGAGGAGUCUGUCACUCCAGGAUUUGAUGACCAGCAAAUUUGUGUAUGUAAAAUGAAAAGUUUUGGAGAAUGGACCACAGAGGAGUCUGUCACUCCAGAGGUGACGAACAUCUGCCUUGAGGUGAAGUCAGACAUAGAGGAGAAGGCUGGAGCUAAUUUUGAGGUUUACAUUCCUUUAAGCUUUGCUUCUCAUAUUGUGGGGACAAAGUAUGUGGUCAAGGUGUACGUUGGAGUGGAUAAGUGCGUUCAUGCGAUGAUAUAUCAAGCUCUCCCCUGUGAUGGAGGGGAAUUGAUUGUGUAUGGAGUCCAGCACCCUAAAACCGCCAGUGAACCUCUGAUCCCAUUUGGUGACAACAUCCAGAAAAUAGAACGUCUUCCAAUAGCAGACACACAAUGAUCUGCCAUACUGUACAGAGGAACUAUUGAAAACUGUUUCAUUCCUCAAUAUUAAACUCAAUCUUCAAACCCUCA